GUCAGUACUCGAUGGCGGCCGAGACGGGCCCACGAGCCAAGCCGUCUAUGGCUUAGACGUCGUCGUCGUCGCCGUCGUCGCCGCUGUUGUGGCUGUCGUCGCCGUCGUCGUCGCCGUUGCCGUCGUCGUCGUCGUCGUCAUCGCCGCUAUUGUGACUGUCGUCGUUGUCUUCGCUGUCAUCGUCAUAGUCAUCGUAUUUGUCGCUGUCUUCGGAGUAACAGUAAUCGUCAUUGGAAUAUUUUCAAAUUAAUCGUUACAAAAUCAUCGCUGAUAAAAAAGAAAUUCUUUAUAAAAACGAAAAUUUUCGUAUACAAUAAUACGUCUAUUGAAUCACCGUCCUGUCGGUGAAGCGCAUUCACCGUCGUCGUCUCGAGAUCACAGUUGUAUUAUCUACAACUUCACCUAUACCCCACUGCUUGAAAAUUUCAUCGCCGUCGUUGCGUGUCGUCGUCGUCGUCGUCAUCGUGUCGUUGCGUUGGAUGGUGGUGGUGUAGUGGUAGUAUAGUGGUAUAUAUGUUUCUUACGAAUCCAUUUGGUGCGGAGUCGACGGUAUUGUGCGGUUGUGCGGUUGCUUGUUCGUGCGUUUCAUCGUGCAUGCGUUCGUUUGUGCGUUUAUUCGUUUCUGCAUAAAUAAAUUCAUUUUCGUUCCUUCAUUCGUGCGUCUCGUGUAUGGUUUGUGUAUCGUCCUUUUGUCGUUGGCGUGGUGAAGAAGUUUAUACCGGAUCGUUGCUGCUCCGAAAGUAAAAAAAUUAAAAAGGAAGAAAAAAGAAGAAGAAGAAAGAGGCCGCUGAGAAAGAGAAAGUGUAAUAGUAAAACGCGAUGUGCAAGCUUAACCGUUCGAAUCUUAGCUCGAACUCGAGUUGACCCUUCGAAGGAUGGACUUCCAUCUCCACCACCUUCUUUUCCUCGUCCUCCAGCUUGAUCGAAGGAACGCAUCGCCGUCGUGGCAUUGGUAAACACGACCUCUACCGUUUACGAAAACAAUUUGGAAUAAUCAUGUCCACUAAGAGACGUCGUGGGCCACAAUUAAGUUUAGAUAAUAAAAUAAUACGUGAUGGCUACAACAGAUAGGAUGAGUGGAUCUCGGCAAAACGAAUCACGUUGCUUCAAUGAGAACUCUCCAAGGCCACCAGUGCCUGGAGAGGAAACAGGAGGUCAUGUAAGUAGGUUCCGUCCACAGAGUCCAGCUCUGACCCCUAGACGUUCUUCUUUAGCAACACCAACAGCAUUGGGUUCUUGCGAUGCUUCUGCACCAUUGGGUUUUGAGCCAGAAGGUUGUUGUAGAACCACCACUAUGGAGUGUGAUUCGUCUCCUCCUUGUUUACGGUGGGCCAAAAACCUGCAUUCCUUACUGCAGGAUUCAGUUGGUUUGGAACUGUUUAGAAAGUACCUGGAUCAAGAAGGCAAACCACAUGCGAAUCCGCUUAAUUUUUGGUUUGCCUGUGAAGGCCUCAAAGAACAAAGCGAUCCAGAUAGAAUACAUCAUCUGGUUAAGCUUAUUUACAGAAAAUUUUUUCUCAAGUCUCAGCUAGCCAUACCAGAAGAUGUAAGAAAAGAGGCUAAUCGUCGUGUAAAAGAAGGAAGAGUAGAUGAGAAGGUUUUUGAUGCUGUACAAAUACAAGUGGAACGUCUCAUCAAUGAGACUACGUACCCAAACUUCCUUCGGUCAGAAAUGUAUCUCCAAUAUGUACAGAAUUCCCAAAAUCCAGACUCUGGUGGAUGUCCAAGCUCUGGUUCUAGUCGAGAAAUGUCUGUUUCCUGUGGACCAAGCUUACUACCUACUGUACACGAGGAUAGCGAGUUUGUUACCUCUGUGCACAGCUCGCAUUCAGCGAGUGAGACACCUGGAGAAUUGAGAAGUGAGCUGAGGCUAACCAAAAAUGUAUUGAUAGCUACUCAACAGACUAGAGCAAUGGAUGUACGGCCUAAGCCAGAAGCAUGUGCUGGCAUUUACUUGCAACAUGGAGCUAGUCCGUAUCAUAUGCACGUAUCCAGACUGCACACACAAUAUUCUUCCUACAAUCCAGUGUCCAGACAAGAUUCAGAACUCCAAAGCUUAAGCAGCGAUGCACGAACUGAAUCAGACAAUAUAUCCAUCACUGACUCAUCUGUCGAUGGAAUGUCAAUGGGCAGCAGACAACGUAGUAAAAAACAAUAUUCGAGACAAUCUAGAGGAGUAAAGGAAUUAGCCAAUUUAAAUCGCGAUCCAAUCGCACAUCAUGCAAUCAUACCUCGAACACAACGGGUACCGCGAGAUCUCAUGCAACCUUCAAAUCCAGAAGAGUUUGCACAGGUUCUUAUAAAAAAAUUGGAAGAUGUUAGACGAGAUAGAGAAACGCAAGAAAAACUUGAUCGUCAUUUACAAGAAAGCGAAUUACAUAGUGUAGAUAAUUCCAUGGAAGCCUUGCCUGGUAAUAGUGCUCCUAAAGACCUUGCCGAUGCUCUAGGAGAAAAAUCAUUAACCGAUGAAGAUAGUGAUCAGGCGAUUUUAGAUCAGCACGUAUCAAGAGUUUGGUCGGAUUUAACACCUUCCAGAUCUCCUGGUCAUUUAUCACCUAGAACACAUUCGCCCGAAAGAAGGCGUCCCAUGCAUAGUUACCCAAGAUCGUACAAACAAAGGAAAGAAAAAGACGUGUUUUCUACUUUCUCAGCGGACAGCGGGAAUAUUCACGACUUUCCAGAAGGUAGUGAGCUUGUUCAUGAAUUUGGUUACUUUCCUAAAUCAAAAUCCGUGCCAUCCGAUUAUGCAGAUUCCCUCCAUAAACAGGAUUUUUAUCUUCAAGCUCAUGAUCAAAGAUUUAGAAGAUUAGAUAUGACAAGAAGAUCCUCGACAAAAAAAUCAAUGACAGAAUUAACGGACAGCGGUGUGAGCGUUGUAAGCGAUGCUCCACCAUUGAACGUGUGCAAAGAUAUUCGUCUAUUAUCUUGGUUGAAAGAAUCAGAUACUAAGAAAGCUGAUACUAAGCAUAGCCGGCAUGGUAAAAAAUACGGAUCUCGAAGUGGUUCCCUGGAACGAACAAGUAGGGAAAGUUGGGGUGUACCUGCACAACCAUUUGUUGCUGAUCCUGGAAUGCCUCCUUUACCACAACCACAUACGGCAACUCAGUUGGAAGAGGCACGAAGAAGGUUAGCAGAAGAAGAAAAGGUACGUGGUUGUUGUAAACAACGGCAUGCAAGUACAUCAAAACAAGCACAUGAUCCCAUUGUACAGAGUCAGUGUUGCAAUCAAUCGAAUCAAUCUACGUUAAAAAAGACUAAACAAGAUGCUGGAGAUUUCACCACCGUUGUGUUCAGUUUCUGUGAUGAGCAAUUCCCUUAUCGAACCAAAAUUCCUGGUCGUAACGUCACGUUAAAACAAUUUAAGGAAUACCUUCCGAAAAAGGGCAGUUAUCGAUAUUUCUUUAAAACCGAGUGCGAAGACUUAGACGUAAAAGUUAUACAAGAAGAAAUAACAGAUGAUUCUGAGAUUCUGCCAUUAUGGGAAGGCAAAGUGAUGGCACAAGUUAAGACGCUUGAGUGAUAGACUGAUAAAGCAUAUGUUGAGCAAAAAUUGUCUUAACCCAUCGGCUUACCUAAUCGUCAAAUUGACGGGGUCACCUUCGUGUGCCUUGAAUUUAACCUAGUCGUAGAUUUGAGGAAUUUAUUUGCGACGAUAUGGAAGGAGACCGUAUAUAUAUAUAUUAUAUAUAUAUAUAAAUCCGCAAGUCUAAUUAUUAUUAUAAGCUACUAUCACUAUUUUUGCAUUUAAGAAUUUUCUUUAUUUGCUUUAUAAUUUAGGAAUAUUGUAUCUUAUAUUUAAAAAAAGAAAAAAAUCAUCUCAAUUUAUGUAUUGUAGAAAAAGCAAAAAAAAGAAAGAAAGAUAAACUGGCUUCCUAUCAUCAUCUUGUCGUUUUGUAAUAGCCAUUGUAUUUUUGGCUAAAAACACUGUCAAUGAUAUCUUUUCUUCUUAUUGUUUUCAUUUUAUGAUUCCAUUUUAAUCCAAACACCAUAUGUAUAUGGUUUGGAUAAAAGAAAAGAAAGACGCACCGUUCCCAAAAUAUAUCUAUUCCUACUUCCAACGGCCUACAAAAUUGUGUUCACAUAAUUGUCAUUGAUAAAAAGUAUAAGUUUUAGAUGACAGAAUUAGAAAAAUAAUUCGUUUUUCAUUCUACUCUAUUAUUAAUAGCGUCAUCAUCUGAAUCUCCAAUUUUUUCACUUUUAUAGUACAGUAGACUCCUGUAUAACGCGGUUAAUACAUUACGUAUUAUAUGUAAUAUAAAUAACAUGCUUCGAUGACUAUCGUCGUGUUCAAUUUGUUUUGUACAUUUUACUUAUUGGGGCAAUCAAACUUUGUUAAAAAUAGAUUAUAUAGCAAAUUGAAAAAACUGGAUGAUAGCUUGAUCGAUUUUAUUUUAAUUAUUUAACAAUAGUAACUAAAAAUUAUUUACUGAAAAAUUAAUUUAUUUUUUUCUUAUAUAGCACGUUAUAUAAGAAUUGCGUUACACGGGAGUUUAUUGUUGUAAUCAAUUGUAUUUACCUAAGAAGAAAGAUAUAAUUACACGAACUAGUGUCUUCCAUUAUAAUAUUAUUAACGAUACUCUUUAAUAACAAUAUUUUUACUGCAAAUUUAAAAAACAAAAAACAAAACAAAGUAGAAACUUCCUAAUUCGCACGGCCUGUUAUAUACUUAAUAAUUUUACUAAAACAAGACAAAGAAAAUAUUUUUUAUUCUGUCUAUGAUAUUCAUCGUAUAUA